UUUAUUUAUUUAGAAAGAAAAAAGGGGAUGCAUGUGAAUACGUCUUCUUUUCGUCAAAGCAAAUACCCAACAAUUCCUCUUUUAACCGCUCGCCAUGCUUAGCUUGCUUCCUGCAUUUGGCAGCUCAAAUCCAUGGAAGAAACUAAGGUCUCUUCUUCCUUUUUCACUCAUUCUUCCUUUCAUUUACGUCCUCGAUUUUGUUUCUGUUCCAUUACUCUUUCUAUCUAAUGCUUCUUCUCCCGUUUUCUUCACGCAAUCUCUUCAUUUCAUCAAACAUCCCGUUUUUCCAUUUCAAUCUCUGUUCCUCUGUAUCUGGGGUUUCUUUGUUUUUUUCGAUCGUUUGCUUCGAUUCUUUGUCGCCUUCUGAUUUUUCUGUUUCUACAUUUUUUAGAAUCCAAGUUUCUAGUUGGGUUCUCCCUGUUGAUAGAUUUUAGAUAGAUUUUUUUGGCUUUUGGGAUUGGUAAUUGAAUUCCGCGUACAAUUUGACUUUUUGGGUCUAUUGGGUACCCUUGUUUUCAAUUUCAACUAAACUACGAGUGAGUUGUUUGUUGUUUGAGUUUCUCCCGGCGGUUUGAGUAUGGGUUGUUUCUUCAAUUUACAUCGCAAAACCAAGAUUAAGAGAGGGGGAGAUUCGGUGAAGGAGCUUAAUCGAAGUAAUAAAGCGGAUCGUAAACCUACCAAUCGAGGGAUUGAAGCACUGGAAACUUUGCCUACGCCCCGGAGUAUACCUGAGUUGUACAAAGAAAAAGAGCAUACUCUGAGAGUUUUCACUUUUGAAGAGCUCAAAAUUGCGACUAAUGGGUUCAGCAGGUUGCUUAGGAUUGGAGAAGGUGGAUUUGGGAGCGUAUAUAGGGGGCAGAUUAGGCUUGAAGGUGAUCAGGGAGAGGAAAUUAUAGUUGCUAUCAAGCGACUUAAGUCAAAUAGCUCACAGGGUCACAAACAAUGGCUUGCAGAAGUUCAAUUUCUUGGUGUUGUUAGUCAUCCAAAUCUGGUAAAACUUUUGGGAUAUUGUUCAGAAGAUGGAGAAAGAGGGAUCCAACGACUGUUGGUCUAUGAAUUCAUGUCUAAUGGAAGCUUAGAAGAUCAUCUCUUUAGCAGGAGUAGGACUCUUUUGACUUGGAAAACUAGGCUACAGAUUAUCCUUGGUGCAGCUCAAGGAUUAGCUUAUUUACAUGAAGGAUUAGAAGUCCAGGUGAUUUAUCGCGACUUCAAAUCAUCAAAUGUACUAUUGGAUGAAGAAUUCUCUCCUAAACUUUCGGAUUUUGGGCUUGCUAGAGAAGGACCAACUGGUGAUCACACACAUGUGUCCACUGCAGUGGUUGGGACAUAUGGAUAUGCAGCACCUGAGUAUGUCGUCACAGGACAUCUAACAAUGCAAAGUGACAUAUGGAGUUUUGGAGUAGUGUUGUAUGAGAUCCUAACAGGCAGGCGAACUCUUGAAAGAAACCGCCCAACUGGAGAGCAAAAGCUACUGGAGUGGGUGAAACAAUUUCCUAUAAAUAGUAAAAGUUUCAAGACGAUAAUAGAUCCUCGGCUUCAAAAUCAGUAUAACCUGGCAGCAGCUCGAAAAAUUGCCAAUUUAGCCAGUCAAUGUCUCAACAAGACUGCAAAAGAUCGACCAACAAUGUCGAAGGUCGUUGAAAUCCUGAAGCAAGCACUAGAAGAGUCAGAGAAGAAUGUUCAGUUAUGAGGAUUGCUGUGGUGUUAACUGAAAAAAAAGCUGAAAUGGUUGAUGAUGCUGAAACUUGUCAUCUAAAGUCUCAACAACAACAGUCACAGAAUAAUGAAACAAAUUGGUACUUGCUAUCACUUUUUUGUAUGGAAAAGCUUAGGGUAGGUGCCUAAGCCUUCUCUUCUUUUGUGCCUGCCAAUUAUAUUACUCUUGAACUGAUUGUUCAACCAUCUGAACAAUUACCUUUUGGUCUUAGCUCUUCAUUCAUCAUCUUAAAGAUAGACGAGUACUAAGGGAUAGGGGGAAGUAGAAAGAUUAGCUGAUUGAUUGAUUGAUUUAUUGCUGUUUUAAGAUGCAGAGUUUAUGCCGUACAUAAUAUAAAAGUUUAAGUUUGUUUUUGUUUA